UGCGCUACAAAAAAGUAGAGAAGAGCAAAGAUAAAGUGGAAAGAAACAGAGACUGCAGAUCCAUCAUCCAUGGCGUCGACCGAGCAGUCCUCACCACCACAACAGCCUCAUCAACAUCUUCCCAAAGACAUCAUAGUUGACAUACUCACUCGCCUCCCAGUCCGGUCUGUCCUCCGAUUCAAAUCCGUCUCCAAAUCAUGGUACGCCCUUCUCAUAUCCCCCAACUUCACAACCAAACACUUCCACACCACCAAACACUCUACUCCACACCCCACUUUCCUCUUCACCACCGCCAACAAAUCCAUCACUCUACUCUCUACCAACGCCGAACCAUCACUCAAUAUCCCCAUAAAUCUAGACAUCCCCUUUUUGCACGUCUCAAAACCUCUCCGAGUCACUGGAUCUUGUGAUGGGUUUGUUUGCCUUAGCGUUUUACCACGUGGGUCGAUCAUUUUGAUAUGGAAUCCAGCUACCAGAGAGGUCAAGGACCUACCCGUUUCACCGAUCAAGCGGCCUCAGGCGGGUCCGAUUAAGGUGGUUUUGGGAUUUGGGUUUAAUUUCAAUUCAAAUGAUUAUAAGGUUUUGAGGAUUGUGUAUUAUGGGUACCCACUUAGCCAAGUUGAAAUGUACUCGUUAAAGACGAAUAAAUGGAAGGAAAUCAAGACUGAUGUGGGGUUUUUGAUUUUUGAGUCUGGGUGUACCGUUGUUUUGAAUGGAAGGUUUCACUGGACCGCGCUUGCUUUCAGGGAAAUGAAUGGUAGGAAAGUUAUUGUUUCUUUCGACAUGGGGGAAGAGAAUUUUCUCUAUAUAAUGCCUCCCAGGUUUGAAUUCAGUGGCAGUGAUGAUGAUGGUAGUUGUAGUGAUGACGACGAAGAUGAUGAUGAUGCCAAAUUAACAUGGAGUGUAGUGGCUUUGAAGGAACGCCUUGCUGUUAUUGGUUGUAGAGAUGCUCGGGGACAGAGCUCGAAAAUUGGUGUAUGGGUAAUGGAUGAGUAUGGUGUGGCCGGGUCUUGGAGAAAAUAUAUGUCGUUUGGACCCUAUGAGAGAAUUAAUAGGCCUUUGGGAUGUGGGAAAAAUGGUGAGGUUCUGUUGGAAAAGAAUCACGACGAGCUGGUUUUGUAUGAUGCUGGUUCUCAUACAAUUAAGAAUCUUGGAACUGGUGGUGUUCCUGGUUGGUCCGAGGUUUUUAAUCAUGAAGAAAGCCUACUUUCAAUCAAGGGGGGAAAAGUUGCGGAAGGGUCUAGUUUGCGUGAUGUGAUUCCUGACUCUUUCUUUGUGCGGAGGUCUGACUUGAUGGAAGAGUGAUCUUUAGAUGCAUCACCCUAUAUUAAUGGAGUUUUUAUCUGUUGUGAUCAUCUUUGGCUAUUUGGAUGCUCAAUUUUGAUGAUCCAUCAGUAUCUGCGAAUAGAGCGGACUCCAAAUUGGGUUGAAGAGUAUGUCUUCUGUUCAUCAUAUGGAGUUGGAUAUUUUGUGCUGAUUUGGUACUUCCAUUUUGACUGAACACUACUCCCCAGAACUAUGAUACACUGGGUGUCACAACGAUAAUUGGUGAAAAAAAGUUUGAAAAGUGAAAGGCUGAAAUUUUCGAGAGAGAGGGAGAGAAGGUUUAAUGUCUUGCUUUAGUUAGUUUUUUUUUUUUUUUGGUGGAGAUAUGUUGCUUUAGUUGAACUUUUCUAUUUCAUGAUGUUGGAUGUAAUAUUGUCAUGUCUACGUACUUCUUGGUGUGUGUUUGUUUCUAGCUCGCUGAAUUCUCGAAGCUUUUAUUACCUUAUUUAACCAAGUUUCUCCAUCAAACAUGGUAGGGACGCUUGAAGUAUGAUUUUAUCUGCCUUAGCCAAUUUCUUAUUCAUCUAAAUGUCUGACGGUUUGUUACUGGAUUAGCAUUAGCG